GAGUGGUCAGGUUUCUGGAACGGGUGUGUUCGAUGGAGAGCAUCCGUCUGUGUGAGAAUAGCGGGUUUGGCUCGGUGACGGUGCGGAGGACUGAGCGAAGUCUCAGGACUGUUUGUCUGAUCGGAUUUGAUUAAAGUCACAGAGCAGAGGCCGGGCGCGCUGUCUUUACAACUCUUCUGUGAUAGCAGGGCGGCUCUGGGUAUAAGCUUACUCUUCUUCUUGGCCCAAAUAACAACAUUGGACCGGUGAAGGCAGAACAUCUCUUGACCUUCCUCUGGAUGUUAACCCACCAGAUGAAGAUAUAAGCUCUGUUUGACUUGAUCUGGACCCGAUUUCACCAGCUUUUAAGCAGUCCAGGUCUUGAUGGGCCACAAGGCUUCAAAUCCUUCUCUCUGGAUGUUUCUGCUCAGUCUGUCAGAUGGAUACAGCAGGUCUACACUCUACCAUGGACGUGUCUGAGGAGAGAGAGGAGGGAGGUCCUACCUCUAAAACCACUCUGGCUGGGGAACAUGACAGCCAGACCAAAGCCAAGAGCGAGAUCCACCAGGAGAGACCAGACUCCCCUGCACCCAGCUGUGUGUCCAUGAAGAGUGACUCGUCUAUAUAUCUCCCUUUUCAUUUCAAAGGUGGACAUGACUCCACCGAACAGAGAGACCAGCAGGAAAAGCCUGAGGUUACCAGUGGUCAGUCUGUCCAGGAGCAGCAAACAGACAUGGAUGCCAUAUUUAUGCUGCUUGAGGAGAACAUCAUCACUUUUGUGAAGAAAGAGCUGAAGAGGUUCCAGAAGGUUCUGAGUCCAGAUUACCCCGAGUGCUUAGAGCGACAGAGGGAGGAGGAGGAGCAGAGGAGCAGCGCCAGAGAGGCACUUCUGAAGAUCACACUGCACUUCCUGAAGAGUAUGAAUCAGGAGGAGCUGGCUGACUCUCUGGAGAGCAAAAGUCUUGCUCCAGUGUGCCGGGGUAAACUCAAAUCGGUUCUGAAGGAGAAGUUUCGGUGUUUGUUUGAGGGCGUCGCUAAACCAGGGGAGUCAACACCUCUGAAUCAGAUCUACACAGAGCUCUACAUCACAGAGGGAGGGAGUGGAGAGGUCAAUCCUGAACAUGAGGUCAGACAGAUUGAAACAGCAUCCAGGAAACCAGCGAGACCAGAAACACUAAUCAAAUGUGAAGACAUCUUUAAACCCUUACGCGGACAAAAUAAACCAAUCAGAACAUUGAUGACAAAAGGAGUGGCUGGCAUCGGCAAAACAGUCUUAACACAGAAGUUCACCCUGGACUGGGCUGAAGACAAAACCAACCACAAUAUACACUUCACAUUUCCUUUCACGUUCAGAGAGCUGAAUGUGCUGAAAGACAAAAGGUUCAGCUUGGUGGGACUUCUUCAUCACUUCUUUAUUGAAACCAAAGAAGCAGGAAUCUGCAGCUUUGACGAGUUCCGAGUUGUGUUCAUCUUUGACGGUCUGGAUGAGUGUCGACUUCCUCUGGACUUCCAGAACAAUGAGAACUGGACUGAUGUCACAGAGUCCACCUCACUGGACGUGCUGCUGACAAACCUCAUCAAGGGGAAACUGCUUCCCUCUGCUCGCCUCUGGAUAACCACACGGCCUGCAGCAGCUAAUCAGAUCCCCCCUGAGUGGGUUGACGUGACGACAGAGGUGAGAGGGUUCACUGAGCAACAGAAGGAGGAGUACUUCAGGAAACAAUUCAGAGAUGAGGAGAAGGCCAGAAGAAUCAUCUCACACAUAAAGACCUCACGAAGCCUCCACAUCAUGUGUCACAUCCCAGUCUUCUGUUGGAUCACUGCUACAGUUCUGGAUCAUGUGUUGAAAACAGAUGAGAGAGGAGAGAUUCCCAAGACCCUGACUGAGAUGUACACCCACUUCCUGGUGGUUCAGGCCAUCCAGGGGAAUGUGAAGUAUCAUGGAAAAUCUAGCACAGAAUCACCCUGGACUGAAGAGAGCAGGAAGAUGAUUGUGUCUCUGGGAAAACUGGCCUUUGAGCAACUGGAGAAAGGCAACCUGAUCUUCUAUGAAGCAGACCUGACAGAGUGUGGCAUUGAUAUCAGAGCAGCCUCGCUGUACUCAGGAGUGUUCACACAGAUCUUUAAAGAGGAGCGUGGGCUGUACCGGGACAAAGUCUUCUGCUUUGUCCAUCUUAGCAUUCAGGAGUUUCUGGCUGCUCUUUAUGUCUUUUUCUCAUUCGUCAACACUGGAGUCAAUCUGCUGUCAGAAACACAGUCAACCUCCUGCAGGUCUACACCAGUUAAAAAAAAACCUACAAAACCACGCUUCUACAAGACAGCUGUGGACAAGGCCUUACAGAGUCCAAACGGGCACCUGGACUUGUUCCUGCGCUUCCUCCUUGGCCUCUCACUGGAGACCAAUCAGAAUCUCCUUAGAGGCCUGUUAAGAAAUACAGGAAGUAUAUUACAGACCCAUCAGAAAACAGUCCUGUACAUCCAGUCGAAGAUCAGGGAGGAUCUUUCUCCAGAGAGAAGCAUCAAUCUCUUUCACUGUCUGAAUGAACUGAAUGACCAUUUUCUAGAGGAAGAGAUCCAACAGUACCUGACACCAGAAAGACUCUCCACAGACCAACUCUCUCCUGCUCAGUGGUCAGCUCUGGUCUUCAUCUUACUGUCUUCAGAAAAGGAGCUGGAUGUGUUUGACCUGAAGAAAUACUCUGCUUCAGAGGAGGGUCUUCUGCGGCUGCUGCCAGUGGUCAAAGCCUCCAAUAAAGCUCUGUUGAGUUCCUGUAAUCUGUCAGAGAGAAGCUGUCAAGUGUUGUCCUCAGUUCUCAGCUCCAACUCCUCUAGUGUGAGAGAGCUGGACCUGAGUAACAAUGAUCUGCAGGAUUCAGGAGUGAAGCUGCUCUCUGCUGGACUGGGGAGUCCACAAUGUAGACUGGAAACUAUCAGAUUGUCAGGCUGUCUGGUCACAGAGAAAGGUUGUUCUUCUCUGCUCUCAGCUCUGAGCUCCAACCCCUCACAUCUGAGAGAGCUGGACCUGAGCUACAACCAGCCAGGAGACUUAGAAGGGAAGCUGCUCUCUGCUGGACUGGAGGAUCCACACUGGAGACUGGACACUCUCAGGCUGGACCAUGCUGGAGAGCGCUGGUUGAAACCAGGUCUGAGGAAGUAUUCCUGUGAACUCACUCUGGACCCAGACACAGCAAACAGAAACCUCCUCCUGUCUGAGGACAACAGAAAGGUGACGAGGGUGAUAGAGGAGCAGUCGUAUCCAGAUCAUCCAGACAGAUUUGACUGCCGGAAACAGGUUCUAUGUCGACAGAGUCUGCCUGACCGCUGUUACAUGGAGGUAAGCUGGAACGGAGUGGUUGAUAUAGGAGUGACUUACAGAGGACUACAAAGGAGAGGAAGAGGUGACGACUGUCUUCUUGGAUGGAAUGAAAACUCCUGGAGUCUGUACUGUUGUGGGGAUGGAUACACUGCCUGGCAUAAUAAGAUUAGAAAAGACAUAUGUAUCUCCUCCUCUGACAGAAUAGGGGUGUAUCUGGACUUGUGUGCUGGAACUCUGUCCUUCUACAGAGUCUCCUCUGACAAACUGACACACCUCCACACCUUCACCUCCACAUUCACUGAACCUCUCUAUGUUGGGUUUGGGUUUGGGAGGUUUGGGUCAUGUGCCUCCUCAGUACGUCUGUGUUAGAUAGAGGAGGUAGAGACGCCUCCUGUGUCCUGGAGGAACACUCACACUCCUGCCCAAAGACAACUGCUGACAUGAUGGAUCACUCUGUACAGGAUCUCUCUCUCUCACACACACACACACACACAAGUAUAUCUUUAAUAAUUUGGUAGAACCAUUGACAGAAAUUUCUAUCAGUUCAUCUGGACUCGACAUUUAUUGAGAGAGAAAUGCUUCAUCACUCCUCUAAGUGACCUCUUUAGUCUCAACUGACUGCAGGUGUCCCUCCCCCUUAUAAACAAUACAGUAGUAUAAUGAUCGAAACCAACAAUCAUUUUCAUAUGCAAAUUGCUGUGACCAUUAAUUAGAGUUUCAAUGGCCAUGUGUACUAUUCA